GUGAAGAGUGGACCUGUGCAGGCUGACUCUGAGCAUGCCCAGUCAGGCCGACCUGCAGUGGGCCAUGUUCCCCUCCCCUUACCUGAGUGCUGUGGUCCAGACGCCUCAGCUGGGUCUGUAGUUGUCCGACUGUCGGCACGGCAACGAGACGGGACGCUGGGACAGGUCCAGUACUUCCGUCUGGACGGUGGGGAGGAGUGCUUCGAGGUGGACCGCCGCUCAGGUGAGAUCAGGACAACGGGACGACCUCUGACGCCCAGUAAGGAGUACCUGCUGCAGGUGCAGGCGGUGGACGGGCGAGGUCGUAAAGGCUCGCCGGCUGCGGUUUCCAUCCUGGCCGGUUAUCGUCCGCCUCAGUUUACCAACUCCACCUACACCCUGAACGUACCGGAGAACACCGCUGUGGGACAACCUGUCGCCGAGGUCUAUGCCGUCUCCUUCCAGAAGAAGAGUCUGUCCUACAUGCUGCUGGUGAACCCCGGGAAUCUGUUCAGCAUCAACCAGGAGAGCGGAGCGCUCAGCCUCACCAGGACCGUCGACUACGAGAGCGGACACAACCUCCACACGCUGCAGGUCCGCGCCUCCGAGCCCGACACCGGCCUCAGCGGCGUGGCAGAG